UGACGCUGCUGCAACUGUUGUGCUUGUUUGACAGCGGCGAAAGAGAAAGAGGCUACCGUCCUACCGCGGCUUUGCUGAAUGGGCGAUUCACCGCCGUAGAUUACCGCCAAUACCGCUUCCACCUCUUCUAGCGCAAAUUCAGCGAAUACCUCAUAGUUCUAUCGCUAGAAUGACGAACGGUUAACGUGAAAGCGCGCUUCGAUCUCUGUGAAAAAAAAGGAAGGCAACGCAAGUGAAGUUCCUUAGCAUGUUCGCCGUCUCAAAAGGUGUUUCCGCGAACAAUGCUCCUCUGCUGAGGGCUCGUGCUUCAGCGGGCGUCAAUUCUCACAAGGCGGGAAACCCAGAGCAGCCGCUACAAACACGGGGGUCGAACUUUCAACGCACUGCCGACAUGAGUGCGUCACGGCCGCCGUACAGCCAAGCCAACGGGCGGCGGUCGCAGAGUGGCGCCAGGGGUGAUGCACCUGACGUUGCCUCGCAGCACCAUGAGCAGGUGGCCAGCUACCUCCACACCUUGUGGAAGCGUACUUGCAACGAGUUGGAGCUGUCUCAACAAGCCACGGCGGCCUACGAUGGAAAUCAUCGCAGCGUCGUCUACUACCAGGAAAAAGAGCCUGACGAGACGCGCAGGUAGCUUGAAGAGCCAGUGACGGCAGUGCGGAUUUCAACGCACAGUGCUUGUGGCCAAAGAAGUUGCAAAAGCGCGUACCGCUCGCUUUGCCGAAAUCCCGUCCUCGGUGAAGCGCGCACACGCCAGCCUUCUCUAACAAGUCUUCUGAUUGCGUCUUUUCACGCGUCUAGCAGCAAAGACGUGUUGAACCUGCGACUAUGCUGCCCUGUUGAAGAAAAAAGACUGAACAUUGACGGCACCUGCCAUGAAAUGGCGGGAUGUACAUAUUUAUGAAUGACUAUUCUCCAAUUGACAAAAACACGACAAAAAUUACAUUGUUGCGUUUGGUAUGAUUUUUUCGCGUUACGUGAUCCGAGUACCAGGACUAUUUCUCUUUUCUUGUUUUUUUUCCUAGGGCUUUUUUGUCUUUAUCUUAUGUCACGUUGACCAGCUUGAGACUGCUAUGUAUACGUCUUGAUUGAAAACUAGAACUGUUUUUAAAAUCGAUUAUACGGACUUGUAAAAUGUACCUAAUUGCCGGUGCUGCGCGGUAAGCAGGUUUUACAACUCCAGUUGGCUUCCGUCGAGUGCCGGCCAGCGUUGUUUUUAUUUGUUCAAUUAUCGUUACUGUACAUAGUCAUGUUUACUGUCAAUCUUUUUUUCUUUUUCGUGUAUUUUAACGAGAUUUUACAAGGCUUGUUGCAGCAGUGCAUUCGUUUCGUUGCAAUAGUGGACUGAAUUCACGCCGUGCGACCAGUGCCCCUCCGCGACCAAGCGCUCGCAUCAACGACCAAAGCAUGUUAGAACAUUCAGUAUAACUGGCACAAGUGGUGUGUUGAUCGAGGACGACGACGUCGACAUUUGAUCCUGCAGACAAGGAUCAAGGAAAGCACAAAGCCAAGCCAUUCGUUUUAUCGGUGCAGUGUAGUGUAUUGUAGUGUUUGCAGACAAAAAUGGCCACGAUGUGCUUCCGCGACUGCAGCAGUGCAAAUCUACACGCAGCACUGUUUGAUUCGUGCACUGUUCCGUGCAGUAUCAAGUUUUAUUGAGGAAGACGCUGUAUAAAUUGUGUACAGUAUUUAUAUUUUUUUAUUGUUGCAACACAAUCAACAUCUCUGUUGUUGCACUCAUUGUGCUGCGACUCCAGUUCAGCUUGCAUGAUGUGGUACCUGCGGGUGCGUUCUGUUUUUGUGGCGUCCAGCAGGCUUUUGCUGGCGUCCUAUGCACAUGCUUGGCAACGAUGUAAGGCUGUUCUUUAGCCACUCUUUCAUAAUGCAAGCUGGUGGUCUUAUGCAUUAGCGUGAUUAUAAGGAGUGGACAGUUUUUUGUCCCUGAUUUGUGCAUUUUUUAUAGACCUUUACUCACGAGAAGUGCCGCGCUUUACCGAUAUUCUUGCGGCCUCCACAACACUUGCACUUGGUGCUGAAAUCGUGACGGUCAGAAGCGUAAUAAAGGGUCCUUCACAAUUUGC